AUGGCGCUUCAUUCCGCCCAAAUCACCCCACUUGGGCGGGUUAUGGGAGGCUGCAGUGAAAUCCUUCAAACGACACCUCAAACGUGUCGUAGCUGGCAACACAUCCAGAAAAUCAAACAGCAUUUCUGGCGCCGUUGGCAUCAAGAAUAUCUCAACGUGCUAAACAUACGAAACAAAUGGAGCAAGAGCAAUCACGGCAUACGAGAAGGCACCAUCGUCAUUCUCGGAGAAGACAACUUUCCCCCAAUGCAGUGCCCAUUGGACAGAGUCAUCAAGGUACAACCCGGCGCAGACGGCAUCAUACGGACGGCCACCGUCCGAACGGCAACGAGCACACUGGAUCGGAGCAUCAAGCGGAUGGUACCACUACCGAGCAGAUCGACACCAGAGGACACCGACGCCAUCAUCAACAGCAAGGAAUUUUAG